CUGAAAAUAUUCUAUGCGGCAGUGGGUGUAAUCGUAUAUAAUAAAUAGUAUCAGGUUUACGAAUUUCUAAGAAUAAUUUUAUGGGUUGAUCAAAAACUUGAGCGUCAAACGGUCAACGGGAAGAAAUAAAAAUUAUAAACUUGAUGCGGUUUCUCGUGACAUUACAAUGACUGAUCUCGGGUUAGGGCCAGGCACUACGACGACCUCCUGUUCUUCUGUGUCUACGGCAAUACUGAUGAGUACUAUCAAAGCGAAAAAUAAGAACAAUGUUACAAUUAUCAACACCAACUUCAACUGAUGCUGCGUGAAGAAGGUCUCAAUAAAUUGAAUCAAAACGGCUGCAAAUAUUACAAUAUAGAUAAUAUUACGACAACAGUUUAGAAACAGCGACCUGGGCAUGAUAGAUGGUUUGCAGGGUUUUUGGGCGACGAGGCAACACUGUGAUAUUGAUUUCCGUAAGAGACCGACUUAGUCUUGGCGGGUCGACGCGGGCGUUAGGACUGUGGACGGUGCUGUCAGGCGUCGCCUAGACCCGAGCAUAGCGUACACAUACAUAUAUACAUAUUAAUGUAAACAGUGCUUUUGUGUUGGACUUUAGGGGUGCUUCCAGCCUCCCGGCCCCUGCUCUUGCGCAUGCUUUGCCCCGGGCAGAGAGCAAACGAGCGGAUUCUCUUGGUAUUGAUCGCUCAAUUCCGGCGCAACAGUACCCACUCGCCAGGGACCGCUUGUGUUGUGUGCGAGAUACAAUUAAAUUACUUCGUUCCCGCAGUACUUACUACAUCGUUCCAGACGGUUUUCGCUGCGGUUUUUUGGUCCACACCAGAUAUCAUUUUAAAGAAGAUAACCGAAACUCAGAGUGAAGAUGAACAACUAUUCUUUAGACCAUUUGAAUUGCCUCAUCAACGGGUUGAUUUUCAAAAAUGUAAUACAGAGUAAGAGCGUUGAGAGUGCGUUGCGGUGUGUCAGUAGAGAUUUCUAUAAUAUAACGAAAAACCGUCCAAACGCUAGUUUUGAUGCCCAGGUUGACAAAAUACAUUCAGUACCGAUAUAUGCUGAAGUCUUGGAAUAUCUGUCAUUGAGACCGGGAGACAAAUUUUUAAAUAUUGGUUGUGGAGUCGGCUACUUGAAUACUGUGGCUGGUUUGUUGAUUGGUUCAAAUGGUGUCAACCAUGGUGUAGAAAUUGUUCAGACUGAUGUAGAGUUUGCUUAUCAGAAAUUAGCACAAUUCAAAUUAAACGCAGCAGCAAUUGAUUAUUUUGAUUUUUGUGAACCGAUUUUUGCGCACGGAAAUAUCUUCGAUGCAACACCUACGGCUUUCUAUGAUAAAAUUUUUUGUGAAGGAGCGAUCACGUCUACUCAAGAUAUGUUCAUACGAUCGUUUCUUAAAGUUGGCGGAAUGUUAAUCGUGCCAAUUCAUCAUACAUUUUUUAAGAUAACAAGAAUUUCAAUAGACUCAUGGGACACCGUUCACUUGUCAUGGAUACUGGUAUCACCAAUGAUCGAAGCAAACAAGUUAAAUGCUAUGCCACCAGCUGAGUUUCCUACCGUUCAACCGAGAAAUUUGGAUGACAUAUGCAGGUCUACUAUUCGUUUGGCACUACGUGAUUUUUUAAUGGCCAAAUUUCCUCAUUUCAAAAUUCUUACCAAAUGUACUAAACAGUAUUCCGAACAAUGCGUAAUCCAGCAUUCAAAUGGAGCGUACGAAGCCAGGGGAAUGAAUAUCAUCCUAAAUACUUUACAACAGACUGAAUUUGAAAAUGUGCCUGCAAUACCAGAAACCGACAAUGAUAUCGUAAAUGAACUUGUCGACCGAGAGCUCAAUUGGUUGAGAUUUCCUAAGGUUCUAAGUGUGUAUUUUAGACAGUCAACUCAUGGAAAUUACCCAGCAGGAGCUGAACGUCCGUUGAAGACGAAAAGAGACAAAGACUCCAAAAAAGCCAUUAUUAACGUAAUCAAAGCGUCUAGCUCUGAAUACAACGUUGUUCUUGAACGAAGCGCAAAUAAAUUUAGUAAGAGUUUACGAGAAACAAUAAAUGAAUUGCCUCUUCCCAGCAAACUCAUAUGCUUCCUUAACAAUGACAAAGACGAUUAACUUUUGUAUUUUUCUAAUUAGUACCCUUGUCCAAAACUCUUUUGAUCAUAUUGCCAAUAUCCAUGCGUAUUUGUUGAAUGUGCUUUGUCUAUGUUAAAAUAAAACGCUACAAAUUUUAGAAUCA